AACACUUAAUCUACAACACGUAGUUAAUCCAAAAUAGUGUGUACCAGAAGUGUAUAUACUGAGGGGAGUGUGUGUGUGUUUGUUCAGGCUCAGGAGUUCAGCGUGGCGUGUUUGGCAUCAUCGGCACAGUCAGUCAAGAACUUAAACAAGAAAAGAUUGGUAUCUGGACCGGUUUCAGCUGUAAAUAUCCUGAUCGGAGCAUCCCUAAUGAACACCAUUAAACUAAAGCGCUUUGCAUCUGACGGAGAAUCCACAGUACACUGUACGUAAGGCUUUGCAGCAUCUGGAUAAUUGUACUGUCUGAGAGAGGGUGGGUCUCCUCCGUGAACCUUCACUUCCAUCACACUAGUAUCAGCACAGCCACAAUCCUGCUUUGAAUGAACAAAAACACCUCUGAUCUGAUCCAAUCGUUCUGAUCAUUCAGAAUCUUCCAGCGAUAACAAGGGGAUUGUCGGAAUGAAGAAUUGUUAAUGAAGCACCAGAAUCAACUAACCAAUCAUCGCAUCAGCCUCCAACAGCGACAUUUACGAUUGGUCUACCGUGAUUAUCUCGUGACAGGGUGCUACAUGUGAAAUGGAGGCCUGUGAUCCCUAUGCUGAAGAAGACAUGGCUUUAAAGCUCUGCUUCUCCAUUUCUGACCUUCACUUUCUCAUGUAAGGCUCCGGACAGAGUAUCGGGCAGACACAGAGUCAGCACCACGCAUGCGUCACCAUCUGUAAACUUGUACACGUCUGAAUAUUACUCCAGGUUUUUCACGGUCACCCUAAACACCACUUUCCCCCCUGUUCCCACCACCACUUUACCAGCAGCACCACCACCAGCAGCACACGGCUCGUUCACAGAGAUGCUGCAGAACUGGCAGCCGAUGGACGAUGCCACGCCGUCAGCCUUUAUGAGGAGCCCCACAGCAAUCAUCAGAACCAGCCAUGCUGAGGGAGGUGCUGACUAAAUUAGAGAUGGUGCUGGACCAACAAACCACUGAGAUUGCUUCAACUACAGGAGGUCCAGGUGCAGCCUUUGGAUAUUAAUGAAGAUUUACUGCCCCUGCAAGACCUUCCUCAACUGUGUAGUCUGGAGCAAAGGAUGCAACAGAGCCCAGAUUACAAGCAAAAUCUGGUAAACUGGUUGGUGCUUAUUGACUGGGUGGAUGUGUGUGACUGCACCUGGCGCAUAUUGAAGAGGGUGAUUGCUAACUCCCUGGAAAAGAACCUCAAUUGGAGGGGAGUCAAUGGAAAGACUUCACUGUCCGCUCUCCAACUCGGAGAGGUCGUGAUUGGAGUGAAAAUUAUAUUCCGUGUGGGCUUGGUGUUGUUGACGUCCAUGCUGGGUACUCGGGAUAAGCUCAAGGCCUGUCCGGGUCAGUAUGAGACCAUGGAGGUCCUCAGAUCGAUUGAGCCCAGAUACAUGCAGGAGGGCUUCUUAGUGCUCCAGGUUCUGGAGUUGCAGGUAUCGGCACAGGACGUGGAACGUGAGCAACGCACGCAGCUGAAGCGCUGGAAGAAGAAGCGCGGUGAGCCCGGCCCCAAACUCCCUCAGAGAAUGCACAGUGCUCGCGCCAUCAUGGCCACCGAGCCUCAUACACACCAAGACCUCUGCCAGAAACCCACCAUUAUGGUCCAGUACCCAUCGAUCCCUGAGGAAAAGUCUGAGCCGAACCUCAGGAAGAAGAGAGGGAGCCUGAAGAAAAACCAAGCCCUCAUUCCUAACCCCUACGCUCUACCUGGCGAGUCUAAACUUAGUCAGAUAUUGGACAUACAGCUUCUGAACCAGGAAAAUCUAAAUCUUGUACUUCCAAAUCCACCAUCACAUCCACCACGGCUCCCUACAAUGCAGGAAAAUCAGGUCAAAGAGACGAGCACUUCUACAGAGCGACUCGUGCAGCGUCCUCGAAUUCCUCCAUCGAUAAGAAACCGGCGGAAUCUAUCCCUCUGCAACAUCUAUCCCUCCUAACUGCUCCUGUACACGGAUCACCUUCAGCGUGGCGUCCUCACCUGCUGAAAUGUCCUCCUGUCCAAUCCAGAGAACCUGACCAUGAUGAGCUCCCUAAUAAUACAGAAAACUCAGCCACCAUUUUGGAUCCAUCUACAGACUCAAGCCCUCUGCUUACGCACAACACACCUGCGACCCACGACUCGCCUGCUGCUCCCGAGUACAAAAACAACACGCUGCGCAACUCCAGACAGAGCAUUAACAGCUCAGAGGACACGUACUUGUAACUCGCUCACUGUCGCCACCUGGUGGCUAGGAGGAACAGGAAGCGGAGAAAUAUUUACAUUAUUUUUACAUUCAGAAGCUAAUUUGAGUUAGAGCAGGGGUUUGGUUUUUGCAUAACCCAUGUUGGUUCUUAACCUGUGACAAUUUACGCAUUUAAUCACUCUUAAACAAAUGAUUUGUCUUCAGAUCAAAUUUACACAAUUCACCCCAGAGGCAAAUUUGCAAACUUGUAUUUCAUUAUUCUCUACAGGAAGAAACUCCGAGAGGUCAAUUAAGGGUCAGUGGAGAGUCAGAGAAAAUCCCAGAAAAAUACUGUAUCCUCAGCACCUCACACGCUGCCAUAUUAGUGUCACUGUGGUGCUGAGAAUGCUCCACCACCCUAAUGAACCCUAAUGGUCUAAUCAGUUUUCCUUUCCAUUAAUGGAUGGUGUAGAGAACGGCUAACGAACUGUGCCUAGCAUCAGACGAGUGACAGUCACUAGUGUACUUCAGUAACGUAGAUUUACACUCUGACUCGCCUUAUGGGACCAAACAAAUACAUUACUGGAACUUUGACAUGCGUGUCCCUAAAUCUGAUGGGAAGUGGAGAGUCACGCUACUGUAGGACCAACUCUUAACUCUCAAAUCCAGAGCAGAAUGUGAGGUUCUGAGGUUUUUACAUCUGAGGCUGCUCAUCUGAGGAUCUACCUCUGAAAGCUCUGCAUCUGUGGCUCUACCUCUGAGGUUCUAUGUCCGAGUCUCUGCAUCUGAGGCUGUAUAUCCGAAGCUGUACAUCUGUGGCUGUACAUCUGAGGGUCUCCCUCUGAGGCUGUUUGUCUAGGACUGUACAUCUGUGGCUCUGCGUCUGAGGAUCUAUGUUUGCGGCUGUGCACGUCUGAGGUGUGGGGACGGUCCGUCUGAGGCUCUGAGUUCAAGGCUUUACAUUUGAGGCCCUUCCUUUGAGUCUGCUGUCUGUGUUUCUGUUACUCUCUCAUUUGGCUCAUGUGAGGUCAUUUUAACCAUUUUAUGUUUGUAAAUUAAUGGGAUUGGUUAGAACUGCACAGUGGGCGUGUGCGAAUAUUCAGCUUUCAUAUCACUAAUGUAUAUGGUACAUUAUAUCGAACAGCGCAAAACUUUUAAAAAUCUAUUUAGUAGGAUUGACAUGUGACAUUGUGGACUUUUUCCUUAACUUUACAAAUGUGAAAAUUACUUAGAAGCUCAGCUUGAAAAACAAAUUAAAAAAUGCUGCCUAGGUAGUAGGCGAUUAUAAUAAUAUCUUCUCGUUAUUUGAAUGAAUUUAGCCAAUUUUAAGUCGGUAUGGUGUCGUUAGGGAGCAACUAAAACUAGGCACAACUGUGAAUUUCAUAAGUGAUGUUUGUUUCAUAAUUUUGAGCCAGUCAGAUCGUGGUUUUGUUUUUUAAAUUAAUUGACUAUACACUGUUUUUAUUUGAGCUAUUUUAUACCAGUGGAUUUUUUUUACGUGCCUGGAUUUUGUUUCAUUUCAUUUUUGAAGUGCCAAAAGUCUUAAAUCAUAGUUUAAUAAUCAGAUAUGUAAACAUGGCACUAAUGCUAGACCAAGUAUUGCUACAUUCAGUUCAUUCCAACUUAUUUUUAUUCCAAGUUAGGUAAUAAUUUUAUCACACACACACACGUGAUAUCUUUUUGCCGUAAUCUUCCACCGCUGCUGUGGAGACCGCCUCUUUCUGAACUGAAAGCAGGAGUAUUGAUGAUUUUUUAUUAUUUUUUUAUUGUGCGUGUUAAACAGUGUGAUACGUUGAGGAAUUGAUUAUUGGCACACGUCUACUGAAUAGCAAGGAUCGUUAAGUCUAACGUGUUAUAGUUUACACCGGAGUAACUGCAAACAAUCUGAGAAAGGGAGAAACCCGUGAGCUACUAGAGGGCACACUUUCCAAAAAUGUACACACACUCCACAAAAACUCUGCAGUGCCUGAGGAGUGUUUACUCGCUCCAGUCUUCAGAAGGGAAACUACCUACAGAUUCACUUUUGAAAGACUUUCACAGGCAUCACAAACAUUUGUUUAUAUUACACUCGUAUUAAUUUGGCAGAUUUUUUUCUUCUUAAUCCGAAGCAACCACCACUUCUUUGUGUUUGUAUUUCACAAAUUUCCUUACCACAUCUUACAAGAGCUGCACGACAAUCACAACAAUCCUAUCCAAUAGGCACAUCCUUUUCAUUAACAUAAUCUCAAUGAAAUAUCUACUGUCUGUAUACUUUACGCGCAAACAAAACAACUCAAGCGUAGAACUUUAUUGCUGAUUCACUUUAUACACCGCCUUCGAAUUCUCCAGAACAUGCUCUAAUACUUUAUCGUUUCUAUAGCAACAACCUACACAGGGAAUUGUAUGUUAUUAUAUUGUAUAAAUGUAAUUGUAGUCCAUCAUACUCUACCAUGCUAUUUAUAAUAACAUACUUUUGUUUAAUUAUUAUUUAAUCUCUUUUUUUUUUUAAAGAUUUAA